AUGCCAAACCUGGCCGAUGAAAUCGUGAACUUCCAUGCUCUACCUGCUGAUGUCCUGUUUCAGAUAUGUCAGGACUUGAGCGUGGCGGACAUUCUUGCUUUGCGACAGACAUGCCGUACCCUUCACAAUCUCACACAAGAGCGCAGCAUUUGGCACGAUGUACUGCAUACCGAGCUUCUAAGUCGCGGUCUUCCCGUGCCCGGACUGCUUGGACGGCCGCUGGCGUCCUUGGCAGCACUAGAGCUCGAGCACGUCACAACGAAGGCAAUCAGUCUAUGCCGAACAUGGCGCUCAGCGAAACCGAGGCAUACACAACAAUUUGACUUGGCACCAGAAGACUUGCCGCCCGACUCUCGUGCCAGGAACAUUAGCGUUAGAUUCCUCCCAGGCAGAGGUAAUCAGUGGCUGCUGGUGACUACUCUGUACAAUGAACAUGUGGCCCUCAAGAACUACCUGAUCCAUUGCUGGGACGUCACCGCAAACCCACCGAAAUGCAUCGCCCUAUUGCGUUCCAUGAGUAUCGCCGGCUUGAGGGUCAAUACGGAUCCAGAUCAUCCCGCAAUACUAGCCCUUUCCUGCAGAGAGAGCGAAGAUAUGGUGACUACUUCCAUAUACUCAAUCAACUUCGCCGCAAACGACAAGUAUUCUGCUUUCAUAUUACUUCACGAGUUCCCAAGCUCUCGAAAACCGGUCUCCCUGCACGGCUCAACUUUUGUCGCCACCGACAGCGACAAUGUUGUCCGCCUCGUGGAUAUUGAUACCCAGCGUAUCAAGUAUGAUCUGCAUGUCCCCUCGGAUCCCGAUAAUGCGACUUUGUACCCUGGGGAGCAAAGAUGCAUAGACUCUUUGAUGUUCGGCAACUACAUCCUCACUUUCUGCAGACAAUGGAUCUACGUGUAUUUCUUGCAAUCCGAGGCACCCCCAGAUGCUCUCAAACCCGAACAUCUGGAGCCAGUUUCCAGUCAUAAGUGGCAAUAUAAGAUCGACACCCUCGUCGUACAACCCCGUGCGCAUGCCCCGCCUUACGUCGAAUCCCGUGCUCCCGCUCUCCCGCUCAUCGACAUCGUCAUCCGCUUCGAUACCCCAUUCCACUGGCCCUCCAACAUCAUCCACCACUAUGCGCUCUACCCGGCGCGCGACUAUCCCACCAAGGAUCGCACACCAUCCCACGACGGCCUCUGCGUGCCAUACCUUUGCAAGUGCGGGGGCAUCCCCUUCAUGCUGCGCUCGAUCCCCUCACCUGUGCGCCUCUUCACUUCCCAUGACAUCGUCCUUGGGCGCACCGGCACCGCGCUGUGGCUGGACGCUCAGACCGCCGACAGCGGCCCGGUGGAGGCAGGCAUCCGCGGACAGCGCAUUGCGGGCAGCUGCGUCGCGCACAAUUCGCAGAAGGGGAUGCCGGGCACAACCUCUCCGGAGGGACGGCCCAGAGUGAACGAUUGGUACGGCCCCGGCAUCAUCGCGGAGACGUGGGGCGGCGGGCGGACAGGCGGAGCGAACAUGCGCUUCUCGUCUAGAAUCACAGAGUUUGUCAUGCAUGGCGACGAGGAUAAAUGGAUUACACUCGCGGUAGAUGACGAGGAGGGCCGGAUCGCCAUUGGCACUCUUACUGGCCAGGUUUCGCUGUAUGAGUACACGCCGAGGAUAGAGUAG